AGAACCCAGACAUGAGGUCCUCUGAUAGCUUCAGCCAUCAAAACUCGAGGAGGCUCAGCCUCGCUGCCCUCUGUGGAUGCCUUGUGAUCGUGACCGCGAUUCUUACAUGUCUCAUGGACUCCACUUCCAACACUAUCGCUUCAUUAAGUCUACAGCUAUCGAGCUAUAGGAAUGUGACUUUGCACAUGGUGGAGGAACCCAACACCGAAGGACAAGAUGUAGCAGCACCAAAGGUUCCACAGGCAUUGAAAGAAAACCAAGGAAGGAAGGAAUCAAGUGUAGGUGCAGUUUCGACUUCACCUUCUUCAACAAUGGAAGAAAAGAAGCUGGAUGAAUCAACCACAGGCAAUCAAACUGUGCCACUGCAGCAACAGUACGAAGAAAAGCAAGGCGGUGGUGAUGACUCGAGCUAUGAGAGUUUGGUCAAAGAGAGCAGAGUGGUAUGUGAUUUUACGGCGCCAAGAUCAGAUACGUGUUGGAUGGAUGGAGACGUUAGGGUUCUUGGGAAAUCAUCCCUCGUCUUGUUAACUUCGCCACCUACAGAUCGAGCUCCCACACACAACACGACAUGGAAGAUCAGACCAUACCCGAGGAAGUGGGAAUCAACGAUGGAGCUCAUCAAGGAGCUCACCGUGACAGUGGCAGCUGAGCCUGAUCAAGCCCCUCGCUGCAUGGUGAACCACAGCGUCCCCGCUGUAUUCUUCUCCACCGGAGGAUUCGUCGGCAACUACUUCCAUGACUUCACCGACGUGAUCAUCCCCCUGUUUAUGACCUCGCGACGAUUCAAUGGGGAGGUUCGGCUCGUCGUGACCGACUUCAAUCACCAGUUCAUGGACAAGUACCAGCAAAUACUGAAGCAGCUCUCGCACUACCCGGCCAUCAACUUGGACGCAGAUGACAGAGUGCACUGCUUUCCCCAUGCACACCUGGGUCUUUUCAGCCACAGAGCUCUGGGCAUCGACUCCUCCAAGUCUCCAGACGGGAUCUCCAUGAGCGACUUCAGAAGUUUCCUGAGGAAGUCCUUCUCACUCAGGCGAGCGCAUAGCAAGGAAAUCGACCUCCGGUCGAGGAGGAAGCCGAGGUUGCUGCUAAUUCUCCGGAAAGGAUCCCGGUCUUUCGUCAACGAGAGAGAAGUGAUGCGGAUGGUGAAAGGACUCGGGUUCAAGCUGAUCACGGCCGGGCCGGAGGAAACAAAGAACAUCUCUCGCUUCGCGCAGGUGGUAAACUCGGUGGACGUGUUGAUGGGGAUUCACGGAGCAGGGCUAGCAAACAUGGUCUUCCUUCCUCGGAAUGCAACGGUGGUGCAGAUCAUUCCUUGUUGCGGGUUGGCGGACGGAUGCAGAUACAUCUUUGGUGAGCCAGCUCCUGACAUGGGAGUAAGAUACGUGGAGUACGAGAUAAGAGUGGAGGAGAGCUCCCUGGCGGAGCAGUACCCCAGAGAUCAUGAAGUUUUCAGGAAUCCCAUCUCGAUUCAGAAGCAACAAGGGUUCAAUGAAUUCUGGAACAUAUUCCUGAACAAACAAAAGGUCAAGCUUGAUGUGCCCAGGUUUAGGAGCACACUAUCACAAGUUCUUCAGUCCAUCAAGCAUCACAAGUAGAGAGGUUGCCUGAGAAGCCUGUUUUCUUCUCUGUUGCUUGUAGUCAUUUAUUGGUUCCAUUUGGAUUUCUUGUAAUCAGAAUAAGCAAGUCCAUGAAUGAAAAGUACAACAUCAAGAUUUGUGUUGGCACUGAGAGAAUUUGAGGA